AUGUCUCAAAAAUUAAGUAAUUCAAUUACAAAACACAAAACAAAAAGGGCAGGAAAUGCUGUAUUUAUGGAAUCAUCACCAAGUCAACGUUGGCCUUUAGGAGUGCCAAUUCAAUAUUUAUUUGAUCAAAAUAUUGCAUUAAAUGAACAAAAUGCUGUAAAAGAAGCUUUAUCAGAAAUUCAAUCAAAAACUUGCUUACAAUUUAUUGAAACAAAAACAAAACCUACGGGAGCUCAUUUAUAUUACACAAAAGUUGCGAAUCCAACUUUUUGUGGCCUAAGUUAUAUUGGACAAAUUUUGCCUGCAAAUCCAAUUUAUUUAUCGUUUAUGUGUGGAAAUGGAUCGGGUAUUGCUUUGCACGAAACACUCCAUGCUUUAGGUUUUCAACAUGAACAGCUUCGUUUUGAUAGAGACCAAUUUAUUACUGUUAGUUAUGGUCUUCGUUAUGAUUAUGGUUCAAUAAUGCAUUAUUCUGACACAAUUGCUGCACAAUCUCCUGGGAAGAAGACAAUGACCGCUAAAUUAGCUCCCUUUUUGAAUGAUCCAAUGAUGGGACAACGUAAAGGAUUAUCAACAUCUGAUAUUGAGGCACUAAACAAAAUGUAUUGCAUGCCAGGAUGUGAGGAUAAACUGGUCUAUUGUGGAAUAUGGGCAAGCAAUAAUUUAUGUAAUCCACAAAUGUGGAGAAGAGUAGUUGUUUACGAAUGGAUUAUAAGUAAUUGCCAAAAGUCGUGCAACAAAUGUGGUGAAAAACUGGAACCAGUUAAAAAUAGGCCUUUUUAG